UGAUUCUGAGAGAAACCUUUAGUCAUUAUUGAUUAAUAAUCGUUGGGAUUUCUUUCCAGGUUUAUAAUCUUUCUUUCUCACUCCUUUUGUACCCAUGGCUCACAGCCCAUUGAUUAAAAUCAAGCGCCAGAGGAAAUCGUCUGCGGAGGCCGCAGCACUUUGUGGGAAAUGUAGUCCCGGACAGCCUGUAGCACCCUUUGGAGAACCGUGGGAACCGCCGCACCGAGGUGUUGCGCAUGCGCCGUCUCCGAGCCUUGAUGGAUGCGCUUCCGGUUCUCCGAGUGCUUCUAGGCAAGGCUCCCGCUGCUAAGAGCAGCGGUUCCUGGGAGCCUUCUGGGAACUAUAAAAGAAGAUUUCCCCGGAGCCAGAGGAAGACCGAGUAGCGAGCUCGGGGCAGGAUCGGAGGGACCGGAGCCCGCCCUGGGCCCGCGAAGGCUCGCUACUGUCCAGCAGCCGGGCGAGGCCGCGGGGCGUCAAGGGGCUGCAGGCCUCAGGGCGGGCAUCCCGGGAAGGAGAGUGAGAAGAACUUGACUGGCCGUUCAGAGCUGCUCGUGGGCGUUCCCUCAAGCAGUUGCUUCGUGUGUGAUACUGGCCACAGGGUCCUUUCCUUCCACGGUGUGUCUGAGACUGACCCCAUUCUUCCUCACCCAGCCCUUCGAUCAUCAUUCCUGGCCCUUUCUGGAGAGCACCUGAAAAUGGACAGUUCCCAGAUUUGCUGUUGCUCAGUUCUGAUGAUCUCAAAUGAAACGUGUCCUUUCAGAGAUCAAUUUCCUUCAAGGAUUUGACUGUGGCCUUCACCCACGAGGAAUGGCGGUCCCUGAGGCCCACGCAGCGCCUCCUGUACAGGGACGUGAUGCUGGAGAACUACAGGAACUUCAUCUCGGCGGGGUUUCGUGUUAGCAAACCAGAUGUGAUCUUAAAACUCGAGCAAGGCAAAGAGCCUUGGAUAGUGGAAGAAUCGCCAAGUCAGAACUAUGCAGGGAAGUGUGAAGACCGAGCAGAAGACGAGGAUGCCUUAGAGAAGGACAAGGGAAUACAAGACAAGCCUUUGAAGCCAGUUUUAGCCCACACUAACAAAACAGUGCCAGAAAAAGCUGCUUUGUUUGAGAAAACAGUUGCUCUAGACAUGAACACUGUUUCUUCAGAAAAAAUGCUUCAUAAAUAUGAUCCAGGUGGAAAUGACCUGAAAGCUAAUUCAGAAAAAACUGUCGCCAAGCAAAGCAAAGCAAAUGCAAAGGUACUUGCUGAGCCCGAUGACCACGAGAAGCCUCCGCUCCACAUGAAGGCUGACAAAGGCCAUUCUGGGACAGAACGCAACAAACGUGAUGGAGUUAGGGAUGUUAGGGGUCAAGGUGAAGAUCUUACCAAAGACCAGAAUGUCCAGUCUGUAAGUCAACCCUCCGAACACGACCAGGGCGGGAAGCCCGUGCUCCGGCAGUCAGCCCCCUCUGCAGGAACGGAGGAGUGUGCGGAGAGGAAGCGGAACGAGUGUGCAGAGUGCAGGAAAACGUUCUCGAAGAGGUCCACCCUCAUCGUGCACCAGAGGAUCCACACGGGAGAGCGGCCAUACGCUUGCAAUUAUUGUAGGAAAACGUUCCGUAUAAAGGCAAGCCUCACUCGACACCAGCGGAUUCACACUGGGGAGAGACCCUAUAAAUGCAAAGAGUGUGGGAAAGCCUUCAUCGACAAGUCUGCCCUCAUCGUGCACCAGAGGAUCCAUGGCGGGGAGAAGUCCUAUGAGUGUAACGAGUGCGGGAAGACUUUCUUUCGGAAGUCAGCCCUGGCUGAGCAUUUCCGAUCCCACACUGGGGAGAAGCCUUACAAAUGCAAGGAGUGUGGGAACGCCUUCGGAAAGAAGUCUUACCUCAUUGUGCACCAAAGAACCCACCGAGGAGAGCGGCCCAACGAGUGUAAGGAAUGUGGGAAAACCUUCUUCUGUCUGUCAGCCCUGACGGCGCACCAGAGAAUCCACACAGGGGAGAAACCGUACGAGUGCACGGAGUGUGAGAAGACCUUCUUCUGCCAGUCGGCCCUCAAUGUGCAUCUGAGAAGCCACACCGGGGAGAAGCCCUAUAAAUGCCGCCAGUGUGGCAAGUUUUUGUGCACAAAGUCUGCCCUUGUCGCGCAUCAGGUGAUCCACAGAGGAAAGAAGACUUUCGAGUGUAAUGAGUGCGGGAAGCUUUUCUACCUUAAAACAACACUCACGAUACACCAGAGAACUCACACCGGAGAGAAGCACGGUGCACUUAGUAAGUGGGGCCGCCCGCCCGCCGCGAAGUCAAACUGCAGUGAGCAGAAGAGGGCGGACACAAAGGAGAAUCACCACGAGUGUCACGAGCACAAGCGCACAGUCCACAAAAGCUCCCGCCGCUUUGCACAUAAGAGAACCAUAUGGGAGAGACCGUACGAAUGUCCCGAGUGUGGGAGGACCUACUGCCGGAAGUCGGCUCUCCGGCACCAUCAGAAGACACACACAGGAGAGAGGCCCUAUGAGUGUAAAGAGUGUGGGAAAACCUUCUGCCAGAAAGUCUCCUUUACUGAGCAUCAGCGAACUCACACCGGGGAAAAACCACAUAAGUGCAAAGAGUGUGGGAAGUCUUUCCGCCAUAAGUCAGCAUUCACGGUGCAUAAGAGGAUUCACACCGGAGAGAAACCAUAUUCAUGUAAUGAAUGUGGGAAAAGCUACCGUCGACUCUGGACUCUGACUGAGCAUCAGAAAAUACACACAGGGGAGAAGCCCUAUGAAUGUAACACGUGCAAGAAAACAUUUCGCCAUAAAUCAAACUUCCUUUUACAUCAGAAAACUCACAAGAAGUGAAUUCCAACAAGGCAACAGAUAAUUUACAUAAUGCUCAAAUCCUGGAUUAUGCAUCAAGGAGUGAGACCUUGUCAGCAUAUGGGUUAUCAGGAGAUUUUCUAUUGACAUCAGCCCCUCACACCGGAGAACUCACGUAGGCAACAUACAGUUUAUUUUAUGAACGUCAGACUUUCAGUGUUACAAUGAAAACAUUCAGCAUUUCAAACACUACACCAGGUGUGCCUGCCUCCCUUCCAAAUCCUGAGACAAAUACGAGUCCCUACCUGAUUACCGUCCACAGUCAGUUUACAUAGCUUGUGUUGCCAGACGUGAGCAUCCAGUCUUGUUGUCCCUGUGAUAACUGAAUGGUUUCUGUUUAUGAAUUUACCGUAUUCACAGCUCAGAUGGUACAGCCUGCUUGUCCUCUGUCCCCGUUGUUGUCUAGUGACAGACCCCAGUCCCUUUAUCUACAGGAGUGAGGAGGCUGAAGCCGAGAGGUGGCAUGUAAGUGCCUCCAGGAGCCUUCAGGUGAACCGAGUAGACAGUGGGCCAGGCGCCAUGGACGCAGGGGCCAUAGCGAGAACAACAAAGACGUAAUAAGCUUCAAUAGUGAAAAGGAUUUGGGGAGUGUUUGACUCAAAACACUGUCUCUGCUUCUAGUAUUUUUAAAUACCUCUGCCCCCUUAGGGGUUUGAUUAUUAUGUCAGUGUUUAAAAACAAAAAAGUCUCGAUUUUCUAAUGACCACAUCCAUAAGGGUGUUAUUUAGAGUUUACCUAUCAGCUUCUGAGCAAAGGUCUCUGUGGUGCCAAAUAGAAUCACAUAGUGUGGAUGUGUGCAUCUGGCCGGAAUCUGUUCACACGGGGUUAAUGUCAAAUAGAAUCACAUAGUGUGGAUACGUGCAUCUGGCCGGAAUCUGUUCACACGGGGUUAAUGCCAAGUCCUGCUGGCCAGCCAUCCGUGGAAUUUUCCACAAACCCAGCCAGCCCUGCUCUCUGAUGGGUUGUUAUUUCCUAAGACACUGAAGUGAGUUUAUUUCAUUGACAAAACAAAGGAGAGCCCCUGGGUUUCUUGUCCUGGGCCUUGGCUGUGACCAAGCUGGCAAAGCAGCAUGUGCUGUCAUUUGGCUAAUCAGCCCCUUCCGUGGACAGACUAAGUUGUAUCAUCCAACUCUUGGUAAUGAGAGUCUCUCUCUGACCUGUCUGCUGCUUCUGGUUGUGAUGUUGGGCUCUCGGGUGGGGAAAGCUGCCCUCUGAGGCCCAUCAGAAAUCCCAGUGUGAACAAAAGCAGUCUAUUUAUUCAGUCUGUAUUUUAUAUCCUGCAGUAAGGUAAAGACAUACUUGUGAAUGCUCAUGUAUUCCAUGUAUAUAAUAUAUACAUACUGGAACAUGAAUAUAUGCGUAUCAGUAGUAAUCAUUUCCUGAAAUUUUUAAUAAUUACUUAAAAGAUUUGGUUGCUGCUGCAAAUGGAAUUUUAUCAUCUGUUUUUAAAAUUACUGGUAGAGGCCUGACGAGGACUAGCAAGCAGAGCUGCUGGCUGGCAGGCCUGACAGCCUGAGUUCAGUCUUUGCGACCCACAUGAUAGGAGAGAACUGCUUUUCUUGCCAAGUUACCCUGGGCUCCACAAGUGUGAUAUGUCAUGCACGCACACACAAAAUAAUGAAAAGUUAAAAUGUUUUAAAAACUCACUGAUAGAAUUCUUGCGCAUUUUUGUCAGCCUUGUCAGAAUGUAGCCUUGUCCUUACUUUUCUUGCCCUUGGAGCUCUCACAGAUCCGUAUGGAGGAGUUUGUGGGCUGUUUUGUGUAGGUGUUUUUGCUCUCUGGAAAUCUGUGCCCUAGCUGUCUAGUUGUGCCUUCUGCUUACCCUUGGGUUAUGCAGCUAAUCACGAUUCUGUGAUGACUGAAUUGUUGGCCUUUAUUAGUGCGAGUUAGUGUAUAGACGAGAAUGCUGUAUGCUGGGGGAAUGUAUUUUUCAAGUCUGAUGGGAAAAAAAGUAAGUCCUCAAGUGGAGGAAUAGUGAACCCCAAACACAGAAAAUAACAAGACACAUCAAAGUAAAACUCCAAGGUCUGGUGAGAAAACUCAGCAGGUAACGGUGCCUGUUCUGCAAGCCAGCAACCCAGGUCACUUGUAGAGGUUGACAGAGAGACCCAGCUCCAUAAGUUUGUCCUCUGACCGUACGUGAACUGCAGUGCACACAUGCACACACAGCAUAACAGUAGUUUUUAAAGUUGUUUAAAAAAUUAGGACAUACAAAUUAAAACUAAAUGGAAAAACAUCUUUAAAAGCAGCCAAAGGGAACAGCGACAUGUAGGGUCUGCGAGCUUCCUACAGCUGCUGGAAGAAACUACCACCCUGACCAGAAGAAUGGAUCUCAUCUCACAGGACCCAGGGUGCUGCAGGCCUGCCCUCUAGUGACUGUUGGAGGCUGCCUGGGCUUCUGCCGCAUCGUCUGCCUGCAGCUUGUGCCAGCAUGUCCUCACUGCGUGUGUCUGUGUACGUCUGAUCCGGGUUCCAUCUUACUCAAGCAUGACCUCAUCUUAAUGACUGACAUCUGUAACGGCCUUAUUUUCAUAAGGUCACAUUCGAGGUAUUAGAGGCUGUGAGGUGUCUUUUGGCAUCCUAAAAUUUACCCCCACGUUUACCAAAUUAAAAUAACAAUAGAUGUUU